AUGGCGUGGACCGAGCCACGGUCGCGUCCAGACCCAAAGCCAGAACCUAAGCCGACGCCUUGCAAUCUCAGGACUCACACGAUUGUUUCAUCAGCCGUCAUCCUUCAAGUCCAGCCUCCAGUUUUACUGCACCUCCUCCUCCUGCUCGCUGCCUCUGCUGACCUCGGUAUUGCAGGUCCACCCCAGCCGGCUCGCCCUCCCCUCCUGUCCGGACAGCCUUUUAUCAUCUUCUGGGGCAUCCCGGACUCUUCCUGCUCCGGUCGGCCAGAUCCCAAAUCUUUCGGGAUGGAACGGGAGCGUGUGGCCGUCUUUUAUGAGGACACACUGGGGAACUACCCGUAUUUUGUGGACAAAGACACACCUGUCAGUGGGGGGCUACCACAGCACACGCGGCUGGACAACCACCUCCAAAAGACACAGCAGGACCUGGAGGCAGCUCUACCUGCCCCGAGGUACCUCGGGCUGGGGGUACUGCGCUGGGCAGAGUGGGUCCCCCAGUGGUCCAGAAACAGAGAGAGGCAGGCCAUGUAUCUGGAGGCAUCGAGAAACCUGCUGAAGUCUUUCUUUCCUAGCUGGACCCCAGAGGAGGUGGAGAAGUGGUCAAAGGUGGACUUCGAGGCAGCAGGCCAGUCAGUAAUGAUGGAGACCCUACGGGAGGUGAAAAGGUUAAGGCCCAAAGCAUUAUGGGGUGUCUCCCCGUACCCAAGCUGCUACAACGGUGAUCCCGCCAAAACCACGUUAGCCAAUUAUACCGGCCAGUGCCCUGCUGCAGAGAUGGCCCUUAACGACGAGCUUCUGUGGCUCUGGAAACGAUGCUCCGCCCUCUACCCUCUCCUCACCCUGGAGAAGCUGCAGGGUGGGACCUCUGGAGCCCGGCUGUAUUUGUCCAGUCAAAUCGGAGAAGCGCUACGGGUAUCAUCUCUGACUGGGACAGCGUUUGAUCUUCCCGUGUUCCCAUUGGUCAAGAGUGUCUACGCCUCAACUAAUACUUUCCUGUCGCAGGCAGACCUGGUGAGCACCAUAGGAGAGAGCGCUGCCAUGGGAACAGCCGGAGUUGUCAUCUGGGAGAGAAGCGAGACUAAGACAGAGAGAGAGUGCCAGGACCUGGCAGAGUUCGUCCAAAAGGUCCUGGGUCCCUACUCCAUCAACGUAACCACAGCAACUCGACUCUGCUCAGCCUCUCUGUGCCAGGGAAAGGGCCGAUGCGUCCGUCAAAAUCCAGAAAGCUCUGCCUACCUCCACCUCCCGCCCCCGCUCAAAGUGGUGGAUAAGGUGACAGAAAAGCCAGAGGUAGCAAAAGCCACAGAUCAGCCGGACACAAGCACUAAACCAGCUGAGCCGGACCCAGCUGAGAUCUGGAAGAAGGACUUCCAGUGCCAGUGGUACAAGACUGCGGACGGGGACGUCUCAGACCAGCAGUCCCCCAAAGACGGAGUGUCUGUUGGUGGUACAGUAGGAAAAACAGCUGGAGAUGCAAUGGACACUACAACAGUGUCUACCAUAGCUUCUACAACAAAAGGUGCCUCUGUGACUGAGUUAGGAGGAAGCAGUUCACCUGGUACUGGAAGUUCAACGCCUUCACUGGAAGUCACUACAGACGGUAGUGCGAAUCCAAUCAGUGCCCCAAACCUGACUGUUCUGCUGUUGCUGGUGGUUGGAAGUCAAUGCCUGGAACCUUAA